UCACUCGUCCUUCCCCCGUCUCUAUACCUCGGGCCCUGCUCAGCAGCAUCAAACAAAGCAUUCCUCACAGCAAACUCAGUCACGCAUGUCCUCAGCAUCGGCUCGACACCGUCCCAGAAGGUCGACGGCGUGACCUACCACCGUCUUUCUCUGAACGACUCCCCUUCCUCAUCCAUCUCCAAAGUGAGCGACGAGGCGUGCAAGCUGAUUGACGGCGCCAUCGCAUCGAAGUCAAAGGGCAGCAGUGGCAAGGGGAAGAUUUUGGUCCAUUGCUCCGCGGGCAUAUCGCGCUCGCCAGCGCUCGUCGUCGCCUACCUCAUGAGAUCGCGCGGUAUGUCGCUCAAGGCCGCUCUCGGACAGGUGGUGAGGGCCCGCCCGCAGGUGUCGCCCAACUCCGGGUUUCUGGAGCAGCUGAAACGAUUGGAAGAAGAGCUGUUCGGGAGCGUCUCGUUGGACAUAGACGAGAUUCCGAAACGAGAGAAGGACCGACUUGCGUUGUUU